ACUGUGAGUGCUAUCAACCUCUCAUUUGAGAACUGCUCUUCAGUCACUAGCUCAUCGAUAUCCAUGGCGAGCUCUCAAUGCUGCGAGAACCCACCCACUCUGAACCCUGCCGCCGGAGCAGGCUCAGUGUUGGAGGACUUCGGCGGACUCAGGGCCUACGUCACUGGCGACUCCGAGUCCAACUGCGCUAUUAUCCUCGCCUCCGACAUCUAUGGUUUUGAAUCGCCGAAUUUGAGGAAAAUUGGUGACGAUGUUGGGGCUUCUGGUUUCUUUGUUGUAGUUCCUGAUUUUUUUUAUGGGGAUCCCUUUGUCCUUGAUGAUGAUGCUGAAAGAACUAGACCAAUUUGGUUGCAAGCACAUGCACCGGAGAAGGGAGCUGAAGAUGCAAAAUCAGUUAUUGUAGCACUUAAAAAUAAAGGCAUAACUUCAAUUGGGGUUGCUGGCUUCUGCUGGGGAGCAAAGGUGGUUGUUGAAUUAGCUAAAUCUUCUGAGAUCCAGGCCGGUGUGCUCCUGCAUCCUUCUUUUGUUUCUGUUGAUGAUAUCAAAGAUGUUAAAAGCCCAAUUGCUAUUCUUGGAGCGGAGUUCGAUCAUCUUUCUCCACCUCAACUGGUUAAACAAUAUGAGGAAAUUUUAUCACAAAAUUCUGGAAUUGAUAGUUUUGUGAAGAUUUUUCCCGGUGUUGCUCAUGGAUGGGCUGUUCGCUGGCAAGUUGACGAUGAUUUUGCAAUUAAAAGUGCUGAAGAAGCUCACAAAGACAUGCUGGAUUGGUUUCUCAAGCACAUCAAGUAAAUUUCAUUUCCCGUGACAUGAUGAAAGAAUUAUUUGUAAUAAUUUGGAUAAAAUCAGUCAAUGAUGAAUUAUGUUGGUAAUGUAAUAUUGUGUACCUUAGAGUCUCAGCAGUUCAUCAGAGUGACUAGUCUUCAAUUUCUCUAAGAAAUUAAGAGAAAUGGCAAGAUCUUAUUAUCCUUUUCUGCUUAAAUUCGUUUGUGUUGUGGCCAUUGUUACUGUUGGUCAUUCUGUAUCAAGUAAAUAAUUUUCUUGUGGUGUA